CUGGACUCAAAGAUUUAUGAGGAGUGUAAAGUUGUGUUCAUCUUUGAUGGUCUGGAUGAAAGCAGAAUGACACUGUUUUCAGAUGAUGAGAGUGUGUGUGAUGUGGCUGAGUCUUCAUCAGUGGGUGUGUUGAUGUUAAACCUCAUGAAAGGAGAGCUGCUUCCCUCUGCUCUCAUCUGGAUCACCUCCAGACCAGCAGCAGCCAAUCAGAUCCCAUUCAAAUACAUUAACCGUGUGACAGAAAUUCAGGGAUUUAAUGACCCUCAAAAAGAGGAAUAUUUCAGGAAGAGAAUCAAUGACCAGGAUCACGCCAGCAGAAUCAUCUCACACAUCAGAAGAGCAAGAAGCCUCCACAUCAUGUGCCACAUCCCUGUCUUCUGAUGGAUCUCAUCCACCGUGCUUCAAAACCUCCUGAAAGAAGAUCUCAAUGCAGAAAUCCCUCAAACUCUGACUGAAAUGUACAUCUGCUUCCUGCUGAUUCAGAUUAAGAGAAAGUAUGAUGAAAGAGAUCCAGAGAAACUCCUGAAGUCCAACAGAGAAGUGAUUGUAAAACUUGCUGAAGUGGCUUUCAAUCAGCUGAUGAAGGGCAAUGUGAUGUUCUAUGAGGAGGACCUGAUUGAGAGCGGCAUAGACGUCACUGAUGCCUCAGUGUUUUCAGAGAUUUGCACUCAGAUCUUUAAGGAAGAAUCUGUGAUUAAUCAGAGGAAAGUCUACUGCUUCAUUCAUCUGAGUGUUCAAGAGUUUCUUGCUGCUUUCUAUGUGUUUUACUGCUAUUUAAGCAGCACAAUGAAAGCCCUGAAGGUUUUUGAUUCAAUGCUUAAUUUGCAUAAAGGUGCAGUAGAUAAAGCUUUAGAAAGUAAAAAUGGACACCUGGAUCUGUUCCUGCGGUUCUUGCUGGGCAUCUCACUGGAGUCCAAUCAGAGACUCUUACGGGAUCUGCUGACACACACAGAAAAGAGCUCAGAGAGCAUCAGUAAAACCACACUUUACAUAAAAGAGAAGAUCAAAGAUGGACAAGCAGUCUCCACUGAAAGAGCCAUCAAUCUGUUCCUCUGUCUGCUGGAAGUGAAGGAUCAGACUCUGUCCAGAGAAAUCCAGGAGUUUUUGAAAUCAGACAAAUACUCAGAGAAGAAACUCUCUCCAUCUCACUGCUCAGCAAUCGCCUACAUGCUUCAGAUGUCAGAGGAAGUGCUGGAUGAGCUGAAUCUCAAGAAAUACAACACAUCAGAUGAAGGUAGAAGAAGAUUGAUAUCAGCUGUGAUCAACUGCAGAAAAUCUCUUCUUGCUGGCUGUAAUCUCACUGCUCAGUAAAGUAAAAUUGUGUCAUUCGCUCUACAAUCGUCAAACUCUGUCCUUAGAGAGCUGGACCUGAGUAACAAUGACUUGCAGGAUUCAGGAGUGAAGCUGAUCGAUGGACUGAAGAGCCAAAACUGUAAACUGGAGAUACUGAGGUCUUUUAGAACAUCACACAUUCAUAAAUUCUCAAGAUCUGUCAGGGCAGCAGGUUCUUAAGAUAAAUUGUUGUCAAACACUUUCCCUCUUUCUGGUUAAAUCUUUGAAAUCAAGCUGACGAGGGAGGUGGUGUCAGGUUUGGGGGGGGGGUGCCUAAAGGCUUGAUGUCCGAUUUAAACAAAAAAAAAAAAGUACUUCUGAAAGUCCAUCUUUCUGCAAUGUCUGUAGAUUACACUAAUAUAAUAUUAAGUGUGCAGACUAUUUUCUUUGGCAUGACCAAAGUUCAGCACUCAGAGUUGUGUUUUUAAUGUGGUGUCAAGUUAAAAAUAUUUAGAUUUAAAAAGCCUGUUUCAAGAUGUUGUGUUGCAUUUGUUUGAUUGUUUCAUGAUAUUUCAUGUCACUUCAGAGCAUUUGUGCAUAUCAUUUUAUAAGACGAGAAAUCCAGUAAGGACUUGCAUACUGGUUUAAAACUGAGAUCAACAAUGAAUCCUCUGGUAUUUGAGAGCUGAGGGCUUCACAGGUGAUGUAAUCUGUUGAUGUGUGUUUGUAGGUUGUCAGGCUGUAUGGUGACAGAAGAAGGCUGUAGUUAUCUGUCUUCAGCUCUGAGCUCAAACCCCGCACACCUGAGAGAGCUGGAUCUGAGC